UCAUGGAUGACCUGUAUUCUGAGUUGAGAUCUUAGCCAUGAAAACCUUAAAGACCACCAUUUUCUUCUUCUUCUUCUUCCUCCUGGUCUCUCUCUUCUAUCAGUCUGUUUCUGUGGAUACUUUAGCUCCAGAUCAAAGCCUCCUGGACAAUAACGAAACGCUUGUUUCGUCUGGCCAAUCUUUUGUGCUAGGCUUCUUUAGUCCACUGGGCUCGGAGAAUCGCUAUGUGGGGAUUUGGUUCAAGAAUGUGGCACAACAGACCGUGAUCUGGGUAGCCAACAACAACAACCCGAUAUCGAAUUCAUCUGGUGUGCUCAGGGUCACGGCCAGGGGAGAAAUAACUAUCGGUUUGAUCAAUCAAACAGAAAUCAUUUGGAGCUCGAAUUCGUCUUCUUUGUCUGCAGCUGCAAGCAAUCCAGUGUUGCAGCUGCUGGAGAAUGGUAACUUGGUUGUGAGAGAAGGGGAUGGUGACAAUUAUCUCUGGCAAAGCUUUGAUUAUCCUCGGGAUACGUUGAUUCCAGGCAUGAAGCUUGGAUGGGACCUGAGAACAAGGAAAGAAUGGUUCAUUACAUCCUGGAAAAGCAUGCAAGAUCCAUCUACUGGAGAUUCCAGUUACACUUAUAGGCUCGACAUUCAUGGGCUUCCAACGUUAAUUCUUCGUCAAGGAUCCAACAUUCAGUACAGGAGUGGACCGUGGGAUGGUCUUCAUUUUGGUCGUUAUGCCAUCAGUACACCCAACUCCCAGGUUGUCAAGCCAAUUAUGGUUUAUGACGAUGAAAACUUGUACUACACGUAUGAAAAUGGGGAGAAAUCUGUGAUUUCAAGAUUCGUGGUGAACCAAACCGGGAUGAUCAAACUGUAUAUAUGGAGCCAGGACCAAACCCGCUGGACUGACAUUGCUACUAUACAAUCAGACACUUGUGACACCUACAAAUACUGUGGCAGCAACAGUCUUUGCAACAUAAAUAACCAGCCUUUGUGUCAAUGUCUGGACGGAUUUGAGCCAAGAAAUCCCCGGGAUUGGGAAAGGUUUCAGUGGAGUGAAGGGUGUGCUCGAAAGGUGCCAUUGGAUUGCAGUGAACCGCAUGGGUUUAUGACCGUAUCCGGGAUGAAGCUGCCUGAAGGGUCACAAGUUUUGGGGGAGAAAACAAUGAGUGUAGCAGAUUGCAAAGCUUCUUGUUUGAGGAAUUGUUCUUGUAUCGCCUAUGCCUCGACAGUGGCGAAUGGAUGUGUUGUGUGGUAUGGAGACUUGCUGGACAUGAGAGUGUACUAUGAUGAUGGACAGGAACUGUAUGUUCGGAGACUGGCUUCUGAUCUUGUUGGCUCCAGCAAAAAGGGAAACAAAACAGCUGUGGUUGCAUCAGUAUCAGUAAUCUCAGGGCUGUUUCUUCUGGCCCUGAUCACUUGGUAUGGCUUCCAUGUAAGGAGUAGUAGAAGAAGAAGAGAAGCUGAGGAAUUUGAAGGUCAAAACCAGGAUAACAAACAAGACAUUGGAGAGGAAGACCUGGAAUUACCAUUAUAUGAUUUCAACACAAUUUCUACUGCAACAAGUGACUUCUCAUUUGCAAAUAAGAUUGGCGAAGGCGGUUUUGGGCCUGUUUAUAAGGGUGUUCUCCCAACAGGACAAGAAAUUGCAGUUAAGAGGCAAGCAAAAGACUCUGGGCAAGGGUUGGUUGAGUUCAAGAAUGAAGUUAUCUUGAUUGCAAAGCUGCAACAUCGAAAUCUUGUUCGGCUUCUGGGAUGCUGCAUUCUUAGAGAUGAGAAACUACUGGUUUAUGAGUACAUGCCAAACAAGAGUUUAGAGUUGUUCAUUUUUGAUAAAACGAAACGCGGAAUGCUUGAUUGGAGAAAGCGUUUCAACAUCAUUGAGGGAAUUGCCAGAGGGCUCUUAUAUCUCCAUCGAGAUUCAAGAUUGAGGAUCAUACAUAGGGACUUGAAACUGAGCAACAUUCUCCUUGACAACGAGAUGAAUCCUAAGAUCUCAGACUUUGGUUUGGCAAGGACAUUCGGUGGUGGCGAACACCACCAAGAAAGUACAAAAAGAAUCAUGGGAACAUAUGGUUAUAUGUCGCCUGAGUAUGCAAUGAAUGGACUAUUUUCUGUGAAAUCUGAUGUCUUUAGCUUCGGCGUACUGGUUUUAGAGAUCAUCAGUGGUCAGAAAAACAGAACCUUUCAUCACCCUGACCAUGACCUCAGUCUUUUAGGACAUGCCUGGAAACUAUUUAAUGAAGGAAAGGCUAUGGAGGUGGUGGAUGAAUGUAUGGAGAGCCCAGAUCCAGCAGCACAAGUGUUGAAAUGUAUCCAUGUGGGGCUUCUAUGUGUCCAAGACCGCCCAGAAGACAGGCCAACAAUGUCCACCACUUUGUUCAUGCUAGAGAGUGACACUCCACUUCUCCCCGACCCUAAACAACCUGGUUUUCACUCUGAAAGACAUGUAGCCGAGACAUAUUCUUCAUCAACUGGGAAGAUGUCUCACGUUUCAAACGAUGCAACAGUAACGUUAUUACAAGGUCGAUGAGUUUUACCUUUUAUGGGUAUACCAGUGAAGGCUGACCAUGCUUGAUUCAAAUCAAGAAAACCUAUAUAUAAAUACUUUACUGGAAGUUAAACUUAAUUAGAAUCUUGUGAUUACGAAUUGAAGUUGAGAGUGUCUUAUUAUAUUUCAA